AUGGAGUACAAAGGUUUUGCUCAGACUGAACUACUGUUCACUAUUCUUAUCCUUUUGACUCGCGCUACCGAGGGGGACGUUAGCUAUUCUAUUCAAGAGGAGCUGAAACAGGGAUCCGUGAUUGGGAAUAUAGCAAAGGAUCUUGGACUUACAGUGAACAUGUUGUCAGCUCGGAAUGUUCGUAUUGAUGCAGAAAGCAAUCGGAAACGUUACAGCAUUGUCAAUAUCAAAACUGGAGAUUUACUCGUAGCCGAGAGGAUUGACCGAGAUGGUCUCUGUGGAAAGAGGGCUUCAUGUGUUUUGAAACAAGAGCUUGUGCUAGAAAAUCCUUUGGAAUUACACCGUGUCAGUAUUCAUGUCCAAGACGUAAACGACAACUCCCCUCAUUUUAAAAAGGACGUGAUUGAAUUAGAAAUCGCAGAAUCAGCCGUCAAAGGCGCUCGAUUCUUAUUGGAGGAGGCGCACGAUGCAGACAUCGGGCCGAAUGCAGUGGAAAGCUAUGCCUUACAAAUUAACGACCACUUUACAUUAAGUGUUCAGAGCAAUAGUAUUGGAGGCAAGUACGGUGAGUUAAUAUUGAUUAAAGAGCUUGAUCGUGAGCAACAGCAGGAGCUGACGUUAGUUUUAUCAGCUUUUGAUGGCGGGGUACCACUGAGAUCAGGCACGGUAGCUAUACACGUAACCGUGCUGGAUGCAAAUGACAAUGCCCCUGUUUUUAGCCAGUCUGUUUAUAAAGUAAGUCUGCCUGAAAACUCGCCCUUAGACACGGUAGUGGCGACAGUGAGCGCUACCGACGCCGAUGUCGGAGCAAAUGGAGAGGUGCGUUAUGAAUUUGGUCAUGUGUCAGAGGAAGAUUUGAAAUUGUUUUCUUUAGACCCCGUAAGCGGGGAAAUUCGAGUAACUGGGCCAGUUGAUUUUGAGGAAGAGCCAUCAUAUGAGUUGAGAGUGCAGGUGAAGGAUGGAGCUGGCCUGGUGUCAUAUUGUACUGUGAUAAUUGAAGUCUCAGAUAUCAAUGAUAAUGCUCCUGUGAUAUAUUUGAAAUCCUUAAUGAAUCCUGUCCCUGAAAACGUACCACAGGGCACAGAGGUGGGCUUGCUAAACGUGCAGGACAGAGACUCUGAAAAUAACCAACGAUUACGCUGCUUCAUUAAAGAGGCAGUCCCGUUUAAACUCAUGCCAUCAAUUAAAAACUAUUACUCUCUGGUGACAACCGGAGACUUGGACCGGGAACUUGUGUCUGGUUACAACUUCACAGUAACAGCGGCAGAUGAGGGCUCGCCAUCGCUGUCUUCCAUUAGAUAUGUGCAAUUGUCGGUUGCUGAUGUGAAUGACAAUCCUCCUGUUUUUGAGAGGCAGUCGUACAAAGCGCAGGUCACUGAGAAUAAUAAGCCUGGAUCCUCCAUAUGUUCCAUAGUUGCCAGAGAUCCAGACUGGAGGCAAAACGGCACCGUUUUCUACUCCCUCUCACCCACUGAAGUUAACGGCAUCCCGGUGUCUUCUUUUGUGUCCAUCAAUGGAGACACGGGAGUGAUUCAUGCAGUGAAAUCACUGGAUUACGAACAAUUCAAAACCUUUGACGUUUACGUAGUUGCCAGGGAUAAUGGCUCUCCUCCUCUCAGCAGCAACGUCACUGCCAGUGUCUUCGUAACGGACGAAAAUGACAAUGUUCCACAGAUAUUGUAUCCAGCACCGGAGGGAAACUCAUUAAUGACUGAAUUGGUACCCAAGUCUGCGCACGCAGGCUCUCUGGUGUCCAAAGUUAUUGCCGUGGACGCAGACUCUGGACAGAACUCCUGGCUUUCAUACAACAUCGUCAAAGCCACAGAUCAGGGUCUGUUCGCAAUCGGCGUUCACAGUGGGGAGAUCCGGACCCAAAGAGACAUUGCUGAGUCGGACGCUAUGAAACAGAAUCUUAUUGUCUCCGUGACAGACAAUGGGAAACCGUCCCUCUCUGCAACAUGCGUUGUGUAUUUAAUUUUAUCAGAUAGCCUGGCUGAUAUUCCGGAGAUGAAAGAUAUGUCUCGUGACGAGAGCAGCUCUAAGCUAACUUCUUAUUUGAUCUUGGCCUUGGUUUCCGUGUCUACUUUAUUUAUUACCUUCCUGAUAGUCAUGCUGACUGUUAAGAUUUGCCGCAGGAGAAAGCCGAGACUUUUAUUUGACGGGGCUGUUGCCAUACCGAGUGCCUAUUUACCUCCAAACUAUGCCGAUGUUGAUGGCACAGGAACUCUUCGUAGUUGUUACAAUUAUGAUACGUAUAUGACGACGGGAUCACGCACAAGCGACUUCAAGUUUGUUAGCUCAUACAGUGGUGCAACACUACCUGCUGAUCUGACAAUGAAAAAGUCUUCAUCCCCUGCGAUGAACGACCUUCUUGAUGAACCCAACGAGGGAAUCCGCAUCCUGUAA